GAAACACAUGAUGAGCAUGAUACUUCAACUGAAAAUGCAGAUGAUUCUAACCAUGAUCCUCAGUUUGAGCCCAUAGUCUCCCUUCCUGAGCAAGAGAUAAAAACUCUGGAAGAAGAUGAGGAAGAACUCUUUAAGAUGCGAGCAAAGCUAUUCCGAUUUGCAUCCGAGAAUGACCUUCCAGAAUGGAAAGAACGAGGAACUGGCGAUGUAAAACUCCUGAAACACAAGGAGAAGGGAACAAUUCGCCUCCUCAUGAGGAGGGAUAAAACCCUAAAAAUCUGUGCAAACCAUUAUAUCACACCUUUAAUGGAGCUGAGGCCUAACGCUGGGAGCGACAGGGCGUGGGUCUGGAACACACAUGCUGACUUUGCAGAUGAAAGCCCCAAGCCUGAACUUCUGGCAAUCCGAUUUUUAAAUGCAGAGAAUGCACAGAAAUUCAAGGCAAAAUUUGAAGAAUGCAGGAAUGAAGUAAACCAGCGAGCAAAGAAAGCAGGCACAGACAAAAAUGAUAGUGCUGAUAAAGUUGCUGAAAAACUAGAAGAGCUUUCUGUAAAGGAAGAGAGCAAAGAAUCUGAGAAGAAAGAGACCAAGGAAAAAACUGAAGAAAAGCAAUAAAUCAUUCUGGGCCUUGCAGUUUUUCCUUUCCUUUUCUUUUUUUUUUUUUUUCCUUUUCCUUUUUUUUUUCUUUUUUUUUUUUUAUUAUUUUUAUUUUUACAAGGGACUUUAUAAGGAACUGAAUUCAACAUUCA